AUGACUGGUGGACACAACGGCGCACCGCCGAACACAGCAUUGAAGGUGUUGGUAGUAGGUGCUGGAAUCGGCGGGUUGACGGCAGCAAUCGCGCUUCGAAAAGAGGGACACGAUGUACAGAUACUCGAGCAAUCAGCUUUUGCGCGUGAGGCUGGUGCUGCCAUACACCUGACACCAAACGCAAAUGGCGUGCUUCGGCGCCUUGGAAUAUUCGCAGAGUCUUUUGGAGCAAAUUGCAUGGCCAGGUUGACCGAGUAUACCUCAACAGGAGAGAAGCAACGCUCCAUUGACCUGCAGGAACCCAACAAGCAGUGGCAGCACCCCUGGCAUCUUGCUCAUCGCAUUGACCUGCAUAACAAGUUAAAACUUGCAGCAACAGAUCCCCACGGAAGAGGGUCAGUCCAACUUUACACAUCCAGCAAAAUUGCGAACGUGGACCCUGCAUCAGCCACUGUCACUCUCGAAAAUGGAGCCCAAUUCCAAGGCGAUCUUGUUAUCGGAGCAGACGGAGUGCACUCGGUGGCCAGGAAAUCUAUCCCAGGAAGUGACGUUAGGCCGUUCGGCAGUGGGGAGAGCGCUUUCCGCUUCCUCGUUCCUCGUAAGCUUGCGGAAGAAGACCUCAUGACACAGCAGUUCGUCCAGAAUAACGGAGAGCUUCUUAUCUGGUACGCGAAUGACCGUCGUAUCAUCAUGUAUCCGACUUCCAAUAACACCGUUCUAAAUUUCGUCUGCGUCCACCCAGAGGCAGAGACUGAGGAGCAAUCAGGCGAGAAUUGGGACCAGGCCGGCGACCUUGAUUUGCUGCUUAAAGUCUAUUCAACCUUCUAUCCAGCGGUUCUGAAGUUGCUGGGCAAGGCGGAGCCUGGAAGUAUCAAGGUUUGGAAGCUUCUAGACAUGGAUGUCAUUCCAAGUUGGACAAACAAACGUUUGGCACUCCUGGGCGACUCCGCUCAUCCAUUCUUACCGCACCAAGGCCAAGGCGCUGGGGCUGCCAUCGAAGAUGCCGCGGCACUAGCAGUGGUUCUUCCCAUGGGUACAAAGCCAGAGGAAGUCGCAGAAAGAUUGAAGCUAUACCAAGACAUCAGAAUGGAAAGGGCUAAUAAGAUCCAGGAAUAUUCACGCCUUGCUGGCAGAGAAUUGGAGAGUCAGGUAAAUGUCGACAUGUACGGCUUCACAAACUACAACUUUGGCCAUGACGAAUACGACAACUCAACGCAACGGUUCCGUGAAUGGCAGUGGAAGCUUAUGCCAAACCCAUAUUGGCGGAUGCCAAUUGCCUUCGGUCCCAUGCCUGGCCCUCGUCAAACACAUCUUGGUGUGCCCCGAAAUGGUAACGAUUCAACAUUCACAACUGCUUCCAUCAAAUUCAAGACUUCGCGGACACUUCUCCAAAAUCUGUUCCCACCCGGUCGGCGCGGCUGGCGCUUCAAGAACCCCGGUACCGUUGCAUAUGCGUCAUUCUCUCAGACCACUCUGAACAAAAUGGAGUGGCUCGGCGGUUCGGGGUACAACCACAUCGGGCUCUACAUCCAUGGAGUAGAAUACGAAAAGAAGGAUGGCAGUACUGUUGACGGUUCCUAUCUGCCUGUUCUUUUUGAAUCCUUGACAGAUCCCAUUGUCUCAGGACGGGAGGAGCUCGGUAUGCCUAAGCUCUAUACCUCGGUCGAUAUCUAUCGCCGCUCCAAUUCAUACCGCAUUCGCACUGGAUGGGAAGGUGCCCUCUGGGGCGAGUUUCAUCUCGAAGACCUUGCCGAGGUAGACCCUUUGUCCGAGAAAGGCGCCAUCAGCGGCGAGGCAGAUGCCGGCAUUUUGGCAUACAGAUAUAUUCCGAAAACUGGUUUCCGGAACAAGGGCAUGGCUGCGGAGGAACAUGCCGUUUGGGAUCGGUUUGAUGCAGCGACGACAACACCGAAACCACAAAAGAUCUACAAAGCGGGCAAGGCUAGCUUCAAGAUCGAUCCCUUGAACUGGGAAGAAUUGCCAACGCUGCAUCACAUAAUUUCAAGAUUAGCUGAGCUGCCCGUGUAUGAAGUUGUCAGCGCAAAGGUAGUCGAAGGUAUGGGGGUUCCUGAUGUUUCUACAGCAGGGCCAAUAGAGUAG